UAUUUCCUAUUUUAUCUUGAAGCAUCCCAAAUGUCGAGUUGGAGGAAGCUAUCGGUCUCCGGCCUCUCACUCCUUUGCAGACGAUCUCGUCUUCCUCCCAAUCUCCACCUUGGUUCCCAUUUGUCGAGGCUCCAUAAGUGCUACUUCCCUCCCCACUUCGUUUCCUGCAGUGGCCACCAUCGUCUCUUCCCGGAAUCUAGGGUUUUUGGGAGGUUCUCCUGCUCAUCGGAGUCCGGAAAUGGCAGGUGCUGGAACUGUGGAACUGCGGCAGCCUUGGCUGAGCCAUUCCUCUCUUGCAGGGCAUGUGGAAGUGUGCAACCAGUUGACCAAUCUGUGGACUAUUUCCAGAUUUUUGGGCUGGAAAAGGGAUAUGAUAUACCGGAUGGCAAUCUUGAAGGCAAGUACAAAGAUUGGCAAAAGAAAUUACAUCCUGAUUUAGUUCAUUCAAAAUCUGAGAAAGAAAAGACUUUUGCUGCUGACCAGUCUGCUCGAGUGAAUGAUGCAUACCGCACACUCAAUAAAUCACUGUCAAGGGCGUUAUACUUGAUGCGACUCGAGGGUGUACAUGUUGAUGAAGAAAAAACAGUCAUGGAUCCAGAUCUGCUUGCUGAGAUGAUGGAUAUCCGAGAAGCUGUUGAAGAGGCCAGUGAUUCUCAUGCUCUAAAGCAGUUACAGACCCAGAUAGAAAGAAAAUUCGAAGCUUGGGCAAACUCUUUUCGGGAAGCUUUCAAGAGGAAAAACUUCGACGAUGCAAUAAAUUCAAUACAGAGAAUGAGAUAUUAUGACCGGGCAAUUGAAGAGAUCAUAAAGAAGCUUUGAUUUUAGUUCUUAUGUAAUAUUAUCCUUAACCAAGUUGGAUUAGAAGGUCAGCUGGAAGCUGUUGUUGGAAAGGUCCACGGACCAGGGCCUUACCAAGGUGGAGAUAGAGUGUUUUUAUCUUUUCUCUCCCCCUUCAUAUCAAUAAGAGUUGAUUACAAUCUCAUCUUGAUAAUGUUACGGGGCAUAUCUAUCAAUAAGAAUUGAUAACAAUUUGCAGUUUCAUCUGAAAACCCUUGAUUCAA